AUGGGUGCCGUCGUCUCUUGUAUCCAAAGCGUCUUCUCUGCCAUCGGCGCCUGCCUGAUGGGCAUCGUUAACGCCAUCGGCUCUAUCUUGCGUGCGAUCAUCGAUGGCGUCGUCACAGUCCUCGACGUAAUCAUCUCUUGCCUCACCUGUGGCUACUGCGCUCGUCGCCGGCGCCGGACCAGAUCUGCCAUAUGA